UCUUCUCUCUCUCUCCCCUCUAAAUAUAUACAGACAUAAAUUGAGAUACUCUCUCAUUCUCCAUCGUCCAUUCUGAAUUUCUAGGGUUUCCCACUCUCCUCCACCUUGAUUUCUCCCACCUCUCUUCAAAUUCUCCAUUUCUUGGUUUUUUAUUUUUUUUUGUUGUAGCAGAUGUUGAGGUUGAGAUUGUAGAAAUAGAGUUGGAGAAUUGAGGGGGUGGUGAUUAAAUACAAUGCGGUUGUUUUCGUCGAGCUCGAGCGCUGCAAAGGAGCAGAAUAAUGGAACAAAGAGUCGGGUGUUCUUGUAUCUCAAUGUAUAUGAUCUUACUCCUAUAAACAACUACCUUUACUGGUUUGGCCUCGGAAUCUUCCAUUCGGGCAUUGAAGUACAUGGUAUGGAGUAUGGAUAUGGAGCACAUGAAUACCCAACUAGUGGAGUGUUUGAGGUGGAACCAAGAAGUUGCCCGGGCUUUAUCUUCAGACGGUCAGUCAUGUUGGGCAGCACUGACAUGUCUCGUGCAGAAUUUCGGUCAUUCAUGGAGCACCUUUCUGGAAAAUAUCAUGGGGAUACUUAUCAUUUGAUUGCUAAAAAUUGCAACCAUUUUACUGAUGAAGUUUGCCUUCGUCUCACUGGCAAGCCUAUUCCUGGAUGGGUGAAUCGAUUAGCCCGAUUCGUUUCAGGUUCAUUUUGCAAUUGUCUGCUGCCGGAAAGUAUUCAAGCUACGGCAAUUAGACAUCUACCCGAUCAUCCUAUCUAUUCUGAGGAUGAGUCAGCUUCCUUGGUGUCAUCUGCGUCAGGAGAGAGCGAAGAGGAGGAGCCAGAUCAUCACCUACUGACUGGAGCAAAUGGUGAAAUGGCAUUUGUAAAGGAAAAACCAGUGAAGCUAGCUAAGGAUCUUCUGUAAUUUUUCUCUUACAAUUUCUUAAUUGCUAUUUUGGGUCUGUUGGUUUGUAAAAGUAGUAUAUCAGUAAACAUGUAAUCUCAAUUUAGUUGUCUAAGGCUCUAAGCCUUGUUAUGUUUCCUGGUAUGAUUAGCGGGCCCGAGAAUCAAGACUAGGCUGUUACCUACAUUCUUUCCAUGUGUAUGAUUAAGCUUUUGCCUUCUCCUUUUUCUUUCCA